ACCGCUUGCAUAAACUCGUAUAGUGGUUCAGUCGACAAAAAUACUGAAAGCUUGAAGUGGUUUAAAUUAAAAAAAUAUUUAAGUAUCAAAAUGUGACUGUCUUGCGUGAAAUAGUAAAAAAAGUUUUGUUAAAACGUGUUAAAAAAAAAACAAAAAAAUGCAAAAAGAUCGUAAAAAAGUUUAUAAACAGUUUUAAAAAUAGAAUCACCAUUCUAAUUUUAAAUUGUGACAUCGUUAAUAAACUGGAAUGGAUAGGUAUAUAAUAAAUCUUAAAAAUAACGAUAUUAGAUUUGCUUUUGCGUAAAUAUUACUCAAUAACCAGUGACAAGAUAAAUCAUUGAAACUAUAUAUUAUUUUAAAAGUCCUUUCUUUUUCGACCGCGUAACUAAAAUGGCCAGUGUUCUUAUAACUGCCGGUAUUAAAACAUGUGUUACAAAUACACAAGUUUUUAUUAUAAUAUGUUUUGGGAACUAAAUCGUCAGCGCAAGAUCUUAAUUUCAAUGAUAAUUAUAUUUGCUCUGCCAUCUUUUAUCUAUGAAAGAUAGGAACCUUACAAAGAAGGUGCUUCAGCAAUUCAAUACUUUUUUGUGUAGGAAGCGAGUGAGUUCCGUAAUCGAUUGUGCAUUUAAAUCGAUCAUUUAGUGUUGUAAGUUCUGUUGUGUUGGUUGUUAGUGAUUUUGGAAUGUCGCUCCUGAGUUUUGUUACAAUGGAGGGAAUAUUUGAUAAAUACUGGCGCAGGAUGCACGGAUACACCGUCUUAGAUGAAAUUGAACCACCGGACAACGCUUACAGCAUGGCGUCGAUAAAUUCCAACGGGGACCUCAAGAGUCCCGGCGACCCACCAGACAAGAAGGUAGCAGAAACCGACGCUGAGAAACAACCACUAUCUGGGAAGAGAGAAGAAAAAUGGUGGACGACGUUGAUGCAAGUCGCGGUGCCGUUCUUCAUCGCUGGAUGUGGCACCAUCGGCGCGGGGCUAGUCUUAGGCAAGAUGGUGAACUUGGACGUGUUCAUCAACAUUUCGGCCAUAUUUGUGCUGGUGCCAUCGCUUUCAGGGUUAAAAGGAAACCUGGACAUGUGUCUCGCGUCUCGGCUGUCCACGCAGGCGAACCUCGGCAACAUGAACUCCACUAAGGAGGUCAUAUCUAUGGUCAUAGGAAACAUAUCAUUAGUGCAGGUGCAAGCGAUUGUAGCGGCGACUGUGGUGUCCAUGUUUGCCAUUGUCAUCAACUCCAUCACCGACCGAGCGGUACACGGGCCGUACAUCCUACUCCUGACGGCGUCUGCAGUCUUCACUGCGACCACCACUUGCUUCGUGCUUGACUUCGUGAUGGUGAUGGUGAUCUACGGCUCACACAAGUUCAAGGUGAAUCCUGACAACGUGGCCACCCCUCUUGCCGCUUCCAUCGGUGACAUCGUCAGCAAUUCCGUACUAGCGGUCACAGCGCAGUACAUGUAUGAGCAGAUACAGGUAUCAUUAUGGCAACCUAUCGCCCUGAUAUGCGUGUACUACAGUCUACUGCCUCUCUGGGUCUUCAUUGUGUGGAGGAACAAAUACACCAAGAAGGUGCUCACCAGUGGAUGGACUCCUGUCAUCUCAGCGCUGUUCAUCAGCGGUAUCGGAGGUAUCGUCCUCGACCAGGCAGUCGACCACUACAGAGGCUACGAGGUCUUCCAGCCCAUCGUCAACGGUAUCGGCGGUAAUCUCGUCUGCGUCCAGUCCUCGCGCCUCGCCACCCACCUCCACCAGACUGCCAUCCCUGGAGUCCUGCCUGAGAACACCAAGAUCAUUGAAUGGCCGUGGAAGACGCUAUUCUAUGGAACUACCGCAGCUAAAGUUGCUCGUAUGCUGCUGAUUCUGGCGGUGUUCGGUCAGAUCAUCUUCAUGGUGGUGGCGGACUUCACGUACCAGGGGCAGGUCACCAUCCAAGUUCCGUUCGGUAUCGCUUACCUCAUGUGCAGUUUGAUGCAGGUCAUGGUGCUCCUCUACCUGGCGUACAUCCUCAUUCACUUCAUGUGGAAGAGGAAGAAGGAUCCAGACAACGCGGCCAUCCCAUACCUAACAGCCCUCGGAGAUCUCCUCGGCUCUAUCUUCCUAGGUCUUGCAUUCGUCAUCCUAUCCCUCUUCGGCUUGGAGUACGGGAACAACGUGUAAAUUCGUCAGCACUUCUCUUGGUUUUAGUCUUAGCCUGAAUUUAGGCCCUAGAUGAACCUAGACUGGAAUUCUAGGUCCGUUAGCGUAGCACAAGCAAAUGUUACCAAAGGAGUACACGUAGAUGUGAAAGCAUUAUCUACGUUUAUUUAUUGCCUUAGCUUCUUUUUUUAUGAAAGUAAUUCGACAGUAUUUUCGUACGAAAUUUUUGGAAAAUUUUCGGUGCCAACUUGAAUGAUCAGUAUUUGAUGUUUUUUUUAAUGGGACCUUUUUUCGUUGGAUAAUGUUCGGACGUGUGUUGUACUGUGAUAUGUAAUUAAAUGUGAUCUAUCGCAAUUACUAAUGUAAAACACCGUUAUGGGAAAGACAAUAAUGGUUGGUGGGAUUUCGUGUCAAAGAUUUUUUUUUACCUUUGUUUUUUUUUCCUAUUGACUAAGAAAACUUAUAAUUUUGACUAUGAUUUUGGUAACGAUUUAAAAGUUUUCUCUGUCAAUUACCAAGUUAGCUUCGAGUACAAAUAUUCCUAUGAAAUUGUGUUCAUAUUUGCUGAAUUGCGUCUUCUAAAUUUUUUUUCAUGUAUUUUUUUUUUAUAAACAACUUCGUCUUAUACCAUAUCUAAAUGUGUAAAACAAUUAUCCUAUUAAUUGUGUAGAUAUAUGUAAAUAAAAACAUUUUUAAUUGACAAUGUUUGACAGAUGAUAACGAAAUUGUUGCAAAGGUGAAAUUAGCGUGGGUUUCUGAAAAUUUUACGUAUUUGUAAAUAUUUGUUUAUAUUGUAAAAAUAGUGCAGUUAUAGCUCAAUUAAAUUAUGAAUUUAUUGUAUUAUUGUUAUUUUUAUUAAAUUAAUAUUUUGAAUUAAUUUUAAUAGAUGGUAUAAACCGAUUUCGGUCUGUCUGAAAAAUCUAAAAACCAUAUCGUCAGAAUAUAAUGUCCUUUUUCUUUAUAUAAUUUGUACUUAUGCCUUAAGUACGUUUAUUUAAAAUAUCAAAUUACAUUAAUAUGCAUCUGAGUAUUUACUUGUAUAUGAAAUUUAGUGCCAAUAAAUACUUUGGAAUUUAUAGCUAAAUGAGUUUUUUGGCAAAAAAACAUUAUACAUAAAUUUUUUUUUGUAUUUUUUUACAUUAUAAUGAUUGUAUUGACGAAAAAAUGAUUAUAUAAAAUAACCGUUUUUUUUUUGUUUUUGUAAAGCCAGUGAGGAGAGGCCAAAGGCCAUUUUAAUGAAAUAUAAAAAGAAACAUUUUUUUUUUUAUAUUUCUGCAUAAAUUUUCAGAAACCGCUGUGGUUAAUAUUAUUAGAUUAUAGUUUAGAAAAAUGAGUACAAUAAAGCAAUUAUGUAGUGAAUAAUUUAUGAAGGGCCUAAAUUAGUUAUUGACCCACGAACGAGUAUUAAAAAGCAUUUUGUGAAAACUUAAAUUAGGAAAAAAAAAUAAAAUAACAUUGAAAUUUGCGAUGAGAUCUCAACAUUUUUACAAAAAAAAUUGGAGGGAUAACGCGUGUAUUUUUUGACCCACAGAUUAAAAAAUGUCGGAAAAAAUAACACGCGAUAAAUGUUGAAAAUUAUGUUUAAUUUUGCGACGAAUAAAAAAACUGUUAAUAUUGACAAAAAAUAUAAAAUGGACCUGUUGAUUUACAGCUACCUCCAAAAAGACCAUAGAUAAUUAAAAUGUUCCAUUAGAAAAUAUUUUAAUACUUAUAAAAAAACAAAAAAAAUGUACAGUCGGUCACAAAUGAGUAGUGGAAAUGUUAGACUGCGACAAGAUUUUAGUGACCGACUGUACAUAAUAUAAAAAUAUAAGUACAACUAACCUCACAGCUUUGUUUUAGGAAAGUUAAUCUAUAUCUGAUGUGGUUGGUUGUACACGUUCUAAAUCAAACUGUAUUUCUUACCACACAAGGUCGCGUGUUGUGAAAGAACAUUUAAUUGAACACUUGUGUGGUCAGAUGUACAACGAGCUAUCAGAGUCACAAACCAAUACGGACGUUAGCUUAUUGACUUAAGGUAUAUUUUUGAAUGAAUGAUGUGAUAUGAAAAUGAGAUUUUUAACCUUGUACAUAGUGAAUUGUUAUAUAGUAAGUAAUAAACGUCGUUGUGUUGCAGACUUGGUAUUUGCACUUAUGUAAGUAAUAGAUGUAAGUACUUAAUAACGAACUGUAAAAUAAAUAUUAAAGCUUUUUUCUUCUUUUUUAAAAAUAAAACCUUCCUUGAGAUCUGUGCUGGUAUUCAUCGUUGAAGUAGAAGUAUUAUUACUAUUACAACGCUGGUUCACUAUAACAAGGUUCUUUAAUUUAUUAUGUUUACGCGAAUGUUGGACAUUAAAAAACUAUUUUCCGAAUUUUAAAUUAUACACUUAUCUCUAUUUCAGUAAAUAAUAAUCGCGAGAGAUUUAGGUGAAGUUUUUUCUAAUUUGUGCCAUCAUGAAAAUAUUACAUCUGAUUACAAUAUAAAUAAAAAAUUGCAAAGGACCUUAUAAUGUGAGUAGGAUAUAACAUAAGAAUUACAAACAUCUUAUUUAAUAAAUACCUCCUGCGUGCACAAACGACUUUUAUUAGUCGGUAUUCCGUGUUUAAGGACACUUCGCAUGCGGUAAAACAACUGAGUUUACGACAAGCGAAAAUAAACCUUAAGCGCUCGCAUUGCAUCGAUCAUUCUCCUAUUCGACCUUUUAUUAAAUGAUCAUAACAUCAGAUCUUUCGUUCUCUUCCCUUAAAAAAUAGACACCAAUACCAGCUAAUACCAUGUUUAACAACACAACGACUGCGCUGUUGUUAUAUUAGAACAUAGUGACGCUUGCCUUUACUCGUCGGAAAUGUGAAAAAAAUGUUUUUUUUAUUGUAAUGUGAACGGAAAAUACAAUCGAAAAUUAGUCUUAUUUUUUAUAAACAAAGGUGCAUAUUUGAAAAGUGGGGUUAAAUCAAGCGCCUCUAUCGGCGGCUAGCCGAACUAUGAAUAUAAUUGUUCAAUGCACUAGUGUUGUGCUAGUGUACAAUAAAUUUAAUAAUGUGAUUAAUUUGAAACCACACCACUUCCACCAUAAUAUAACCAGGAUAUGUUUACAUUUUGUCUCUUAAAGAUAUCGAAUUGAUGGAUAUAGAAUCAGUAUUAGCCUUUGCUGCGGGACUGUAGGCAGUAGAAUUUUUUUGGUGCCCCUUGUAAGCACGAGGCCCUUUGAAGCCCGAGGCCUCUAGCGGUUACCCUGUUGACCAUAGGUCAAGGCUAUCAGUAUGGAGAGAUAUUUUAAAUUACUGGCUACUAUGUCUUAGAGGGUUAACUAACUUCUGGUCCUUUUGUACAGGAGUAAAACAAGUACUAAAGGACAUUCAAGUAUAUUAAAAAGAUACCCUCUUGAAUGAUAAUUUUUAACACUAAAAAUCAUACAAAAAAUUUAAAUAAUAUUAAAUUAAAGACAUUUAAAAAGUCUUAAAUUAUACACAUAUAAGGAUGGUUGGUUUUUCGUUCACAUUUAAAAUUCAUUAUUUUUUUUAAAUUAAUUGGGUACUGACUUUGUAGAACGAUAUAAUUGGGAGUGAUAAAACUUUCGUGUGUUGGACAUUAGACUUAACUUAUAUACAUUCAGGGUGCAAUUCUAAUUGAUAGAAUUGACUAAAGAGAUUGCCACCUCGAACUCUAUAUAGACUUUUUUAGUUAUAAAUGCUCUUGGUCUUGAGAUGGGUCAUAAUGACCCCAAUGUACUUAGCUUUUAAAAGAUUCUAAAACAUCAUACCUUUGUGGUGUCAACAUUUCUUGUGAAACAGGAAUUGAAUAUUCGUAAUACAUAAAUUAAGAGGCAUUGUAUGUUGAAAAUGAUGUAAACAUGUUAGGAGUAAAAGUUUAGAUUUUAAAAUUAUGAAUUUUUGGGAUCAAAUUUGACCCACCUUGCGUUAAUACUGAAUUGGAGUUGUCGGCCAGAUUUGACCCAACUUGAAAUUGAAAAAAAAUUGCAGUGUCAAAUUUGACCCACCUUGCGUAAAUACUAAAUUGGAUUCCGCGGGUCAAAUUUGACCCAACUUGUAAUUGAAAAAAUUUCAGGGUCAAAUUUGACCCAAUUUUUGUAAUUGAAAAAAUUGCAGGGUCAAAUUUGACCCAACUUGCGUAAAUACAAAAUUGGAUUCCGCGGGUCAGAUUUGACCCAAAUUAUAAAUUGAAAGAAAAAUUGCAAACCGUUCUACAUUGACCCAGCUUUACUGAUUGUACGUUUGGUGAUGUAUUUAUAGUUUUUAAGUUAUUUUGUACUGUCAACGUAUUCCUAACAUUGUGAUGUCCGAACAUAAUCGUAAUUUUAUUUCGAAAAUAAAAAUGUAUUGAAAAUUA